AGUCUUUUACCAACUUUUUGGUCGUAACGUUUACUACGAUUAAAACGGUUAACUGGCAAGGCGUUGUUCUUUGAAUUUGUAUGAUUCCACCAAUUCCUGAACUAUGGCCCAGCACACAAAUCUCGAUAAAGAACACUUAAUCGCCACUUCAUUAGGCAUGGAUAAGCUACAAAAAGAAAAGGGGCGGCGAAUGAAAAAGAAGAUAAGCGAGAAUACAAGAAAGGAAUCUAAACAAUCUUUUUUAGGUACAUCUUCAGAUACAAGCUGGGGUUUUUUACAAUCAUUGACUUUGUCGUAUUUUCAUAGACUUUUGCGUACAAAAGCCUUCAUGGACGUCUUUAAGCCGAAAGAACGUUAUGUUAACGCCACUUCAUUAAGCGGUCAGCAACGAAAACAAAAGCAGACCAUGCUAAGACGACCUAACUUGAAGCUUAGCGACUUUGAAAAAAAGGAAUCUGAAAAAUCAGUUGUGCUGUCAGAUGAACAUUUGCGUUAUGAAUCUAACAUUGGACUCAAUUGUGAAAGGUACUACAUGGUCAAUUUAAAGAAAGACCACGAUGAUAGUUUAACAACGAAAAUGAUGGACACAUAUCGCAGACUCAUGAACUCUGUUGGAGUCAUUAUGGUAGAUGGGAAAACCUUGGGCACAGGUUUUCGAGUCGGAAAAAUAUAUGUUGCAACGGCCUGGCAUGUUGUAAACGGCAUUUUAGAUCAUCGACUAACAGGAGUGAAAAAUUCGUCAAAUUUGCUACAAGCCUACAUUGUCUUCAGUGACCCUCCAGACGAUUGUUCUGCUACAAAAUACACUUUCAAACGAGCAUACUAUUCUGAUGAAGGCCUUGAUUUUGCAAUUCUGAAAAUAAGUAAUGCAGACAAAUCGUUACCACUUAAACUUGCAAUAAGGAAGGAACCAUGGGAACCACCUUUUAUGGGGGGAAGUGUUUCGUUAAUCAGUUAUGGUCAUCCAUCUAAACACAAUAAAAUUAUUGAACUACAAUGUAAAGUAGUCGUUUCUACAAAACAAGAGAUGCACAAAUUGCGGUUGUUUGUUCACAAACACGGAAACGAUCUUAAGUGCAAUUUGAAGGCGAACUGCGAAUUUAAAGUUGUUGACGAAUGUUCUAUCGGAUACGAUGCUGACAAAAAGAUAUUCAUUAAUUGUUUCGUGGAAAAGGGAGCUUCCGGGGCACCUAUGCUGGCAUGCAUUAAUCCGCUGUAUGACAUUGUUGAAGUCGUAGGGAUGUUGACUCAUGGGUUGCCAGAGUUUUACUAUUGCCUUAAUGAGGACUUUCAGAAACGUAUUCCAAACAGUCAACGAAUCGAAGCAGGAUACAAAAUGUCACAUGUUUAUGAAAAUAUGAAACAAAUUAAACCCGUUUUAGCGGCAGAUGUUUUUACAUAAGAAGCCUUUAUUAUUAUUGUCGAAAUGUAUAGUUGAGUUGUGUCCGGUGCCAGAGUGAACCAUACAUCGAAAUGUUGCUGCUUAUCACCCAUUAUUUAAAAAUACCAAGUUACCAGUUGGCGAUUUUUAUGAUAAAUCACUUUGGCAAGCGACUUUAUUUGUCCUCGCAAAAAUUUGACGGGGUGUACAUGUUACGUUGUUUUAUAUCACCUUAGCACAAAGUGCUUAGUCCAACUCUGACUUGCGUCCAUAGUCGUCCGGUGUGUGUCAUACGGUGUAUGUCGUCAACUGUUAGCUGGUAACCACAAUUUUCAUCAAUUGUAAUAAUAUUUUAAUGGACAAUAUCUAGGCCAAGAUCUAAUCACGUGCCUUCAAUGAGUAUGUAAAAUGUGAGAAAUAAACCCUGUUACCAUUUUGUCGACCGCAUUUAUGGCUCAAUCUUGAUGUAGCGUGGUCAUAAUGUUUAUGGCAAAAAUACCUUUGCCGAGUCUCGAUUAUGAGUCAUACGAAUCAAGAAACUAGUUAACUAGAUCAUAUCUUAGACAAAACUAUGUUGCCACUGUAUAGGUCACAUUUUGUGAAUGAAUCUUUAUAUAACUUGGUAAGAAUGCUUAUCUUGACAAUUUCUAGGCUGUGUUGAAAUCCGAUUGAUGUGUUACCCAAACUAGGUCACGGAGUAAAAUUUAAGAAAAACCCUGUUACCAAUAAGGAAGCCACAUUUAUGACUUAUUAAGUAUUUAUGAAACUUGGUAGGAAUGAUUUUCUUGACAAUAUGAAUUUCAUGUUUAAAUCUGAGUAAAAUUAGGUAAAAAAACAACAAGAUCAUGUCUUGAACAAAUGGUAUCAGUGUACUCAGUUAAAGAGCAUUCAUGGCCCUAUUGGUAAAUUAUAUUUUGAUCUGACAUAAUUUGGAUUGAUUCUGCUAAUAAAAAAAUGUAUUAAAAAAAGUGUGUUCAUUUACCUUAUAUUUCGAGCUGGCAUUUACAUUCCUUAUCCGAGUCAGUAGUCACUAAAUUAUUCUUAUUAUACCAAGUGAUUUAUAGACUUUGGAAAAAAUGUAAACUAUGGUACCUUUAGUAAAAACUUUGCAUGUCAACAUGAUUUAAAUGUUGCAAUUAUUAUAAUCAAAUUAAUAUAUGGUUUGAUAAUAGAGUAUUUUAAUCAGAAGUCUUAACUUUAUGAAUUCGUUUCAGAAUACGAACCGUGAUUUCCAUUGUAUAAUGACACGACUAGUGGUAUUAUUUAUGAGACAACAUUAUGAUUGAAUGCUAUUUAAGGAUAUGCGGUGCUUUUGCAUCAAAUGUUUCUUCUUAAAUUGUGUAUUCUUUAUUGCUUUUUUUUGUUAAAAUAUCCUGCUAUCAUAUGAAGCGAAAUCAAAUCAAUUUAUGAACAUCAAUUUUGGGAUUUUAUGUUUAUCUGAUGUUAUGUUUAUUACACAUGAUGAACUGUAAGUUUUCAAAAAUAAUAUCAGUUAGUGAAUGUCAAAUAUAAGAUUGUGUCAUGCACACUGCUGAACAUGUUUGAAUUUGUUUGAAUGUUUGCUGGUUUUAAUUUGUGUAUAUAAUUGCCUAGCAUAUUGUGAAAACAAAAUACCUGCGAUAUUUUAAUAUUUUGCAAAUGCUUUUUUAGGUAAAGCGAUUAAUAAAGACUCUGUAAAUUGAAAUGAUUGACUGUGAUUAAAGUUUCAAAGUUUACGUGUAUGCCCCCUGUACGCUUGCAUACAGCAGGCGCACUGUCCGUCAGGCCUUCCGUUUUUCGGUGGUUUUUUACGCAACGCUUUCAGAUAUAAAGCUGAUUUUCGGUGUGUGAGUCUACCUACAUGACCUACAGAUGAAAAGGGAGUUUUGUUCCAGUCCAUCGAUUGAUUUUUGGCGAAGUUAUGGGUCUUUGACAUAUACAUGUUAUAUGUAAUAACCGUUUUCAGGAGUUUUAUUUACGCAACGCUUUCAGAUACUGAGCUGAUUUUGGUAUGCAAGUCCAUCGAUAUAACUUAUAGAUGUAAUGAGAGUUUCGUUCCGGUCCAGUGAUUUUUGGCGCAGUUAUUGGCCUUUGACUUGGACAUUUUCUCAAAAAUAGCUGCUGUGCGUAUUCAAUGCGCAUGAGGGGGCAUUGCGUUUCACAAACAUUUAAUUUUUAUUUCUGAAUAGAAUUCUUUAAAUAAUAAAAAAUAUAUUAAAUGAAUACAACGUUAGUUUUUAAUUCUAACAUUUGAAAUGGAGCAUGUAAAUAUUCCUUAUCAUGUGCAAUAAAAUGUCCUUUAAAACAUUUACAUUUAUUGAUAUUAUAUUUAAUUAUUUGUAUUUCUGGAUCGAAUUGUUCUUGGCAAUGGAAUACGGGUUAAUUUUCCGAAAACUUUUGCAUGUUUGAAAACCUUUUUAGUUUUUAUAUUUAUUGGUAGCAUACAAUCUUUUAAAGUGUCCGAAAAUAAAAAUAUCAAAUUAAAGGCUGUGUGAAAUAUUUGAAUAAUAUGCUUAAAUAAAGAUUUAUUAAAAUGAUGUUGAAACAGAAAUAUCUGAUUUUUAUUAAAGAUCAUUGACGUUACUAUUAAUAAUUAAAGCAGUUAUCCCUGGGACACAUAUUUCAGCUGCCUUGAUUUCAGUAGCAAACGUUAAAUCGUUACGAAUGUAAUGAGAAUUUCGUUCUACAAUACCAAAAUAUUUUAUCUGUAACACUAUUGUAUUUGUGCAGCAUUCUCACUGAAGUGCACUGUUUUAGCGUAGUAUAAACAUUGUCAAAAAAACUUUGUCUUUGAUAUACAUUUCUUAUGUAAUAUCAGUACACCACUUAUGGUAUUAUGGUAUAGAAUGUUAAAGAGAGUAAUUAUAUUUAACUCUUCUGUCAAAACCACAACAAUUAUUCGAACAAAACAUUAACAUCAAUUUGUCUAUGAAGUAUUCAUUGAACAAAGGGGUCACUAGAGGACGGGACAUUCUUUCAAAUAACUUAUCCAGAACUUUUCUUUUCUAACACCAAUUAUUUAAUAAGUGUAUGGUGAGCCAUACGGGUUUUCUUGUGCCUUUUUGUAGAUAAUCAAAAAUGCAUUUCAAAAGUAUGUUGUAUUGGAUUCCUUAGAAAAGUUGGAAGUUAAUUCGUUUGUAUGUGUUUAAUUUUUUGUUUCAUUAUCAUUUUCUUUAAGAUAAGUAUAUGCCAGAAAAAUAGCGCUGGGCUACAUUUUAUUUUGUUUGUAUGUAUAUGUAUCCAAAUGCUUAUUAUUUUAUGUUCAAAUGUC